CAAGUAAGUUUUGGUCAAAAAAACAUUGCAUAACCAUAUUAGAGGCUUUAUCAUCAGAUGGCUCAACAUGGUCCAAGACUAGUGGUGCCAAUAGAUGUGACCAAGAAACCAAGGCAACAGAAGCUCCCCCUUCACAACCGAUGGCACCCUGAAAUACCACCGGUUGCUGAGGUUACUGUCGGGGAGCUUUUUCGGGUUGAGAUGGUCGAUUUUUCUGGAGGUGGUAUUACUAAAGAAUAUACUGCUGAAGACAUCAAGUAUGCUGAGCAGUCUGUUGUGCAUUAUCUGAGUGGGCCGAUUAGAGUUAUUGAUGAGGAGGGAAUAGCAGCUAAACCGGGCGAUCUUCUUGUAGUUGAAAUAUGCAACUUGGGUCCUCUACCUGGCGACGAAUGGGGUUUUACAGCAAUCUUUGAUAGAGAAAAUGGUGGUGGUUUUCUCACUGAUCAUUUCCCUUGUGCCACCAAAGCAAUUUGGUAUUUUGAAGGAAUAUAUGCUUACUCUCCCCAUAUACCAGGUGUACGGUUUCCUGGUAUAACACACCCGGGAAUAAUUGGAACCGCACCUUCAAUGGAACUCCUUAACAUAUGGAAUGAAAGGGAAAGAGAACUUGAAGAAAAUGGAUUAAAAUCAUUGAAGUUAUGUGAAGUUUUGCAUUCGAGGCCAUUAGCAAACUUGCCAUCAACAAAAGGCUGCGUUCUUGGCAAGAUUCCUGAAGGGACUAAAGAAUGGGAGAAGAUUGCUAAUGAGGCUGCGAGGACCAUUCCAGGAAGGGAAAAUGGAGGGAACUGUGACAUCAAGAAUUUAAGUAGGGGUUCCAAGAUAUACCUUCCGGUAUUUGUGGAAGGCGCUAACUUUAGUACAGGGGAUAUGCAUUUCUCACAAGGUGAUGGUGAAGUUUCGUUUUGUGGGGCGAUUGAGAUGAGUGGCUUCCUUGAACUCAAGUGUGAAAUCAUACGAGGGGGAAUGAAAGAAUAUCUUACUCCAAUGGGACCUACUCCUCUUCACGUUAAUCCUAUAUUUGAGAUAGGCCCAGUAGAGCCACGAUUCUCGGAAUGGCUGGUGUUUGAGGGAAUCAGUGUUGAUGAGAGUGGAAGACAACAUUACCUUGACGCUAGUGUUGCUUACAAGCGUGCAGUUCUAAAUGCAAUCGACUACUUGUCCAAAUUUGGAUACACUAAGGAACAGGUCUAUCUUUUACUGUCGUGCUGCCCCUGCGAAGGUAGGAUUUCAGGCAUAGUUGACGCUCCUAAUGCCGUCGCCACACUUGCAAUUCCAACUUCUAUAUUUGAUCAGGAUAUUCGUCCAAAGCGUAACAAGGUGCCCAUAGGACCGCGGGUUGUAAGAAAUCCAGAUAUUCCAAGAUGCAGUUAUGAUGGAAAUUUACCCAUCACAAAGAACCCCGGUGCAACAGGAAGUUAGUAGUAUCGAAGGAUCUGAAUACAUGACAUAUUCUCUUAUGGUGUCAAUUAUAAUAAAUAAAUAGAUGGCCACUUAUACUGUCUUUUAUUCCACAAGAGAUAUCUUAAAGUAUUCACGUUCUGUUG